AAAAUGGCGACUCAGGUUGGUAAAUGGGAAGUUGUAGGAAAAGGAAACAAAAGACGUGCAAAUCACGACAAGAAAAAAGAAAAGCCCAAGAUCAAUGAUUCCCCAAAGAUUGACGUAGCAAGUCCUGUUCCGCAAGCCGAAACUAUCUACAAAGCAUUUGAGAAGCAUGAAAAGAAACUAAACAAGGACAACAACCUCUUUAAUCCCUACGAAAACAAGGCCGAAGAAAGGCAUGAAUCGGACAAAGGACAAGAUGUCAAAAAGCCUAUCAAGAAGAAACCAGUUGCUGCGAAACCACAGAAAAGUGACAGAGAACAGCUAGCAGAAGCUAUUAAGAAACUGGACAUCGUGCUGAUGAAGGAUAUUCUUGCCAAAGAUGAAGCUGCAUUCCCAAAUAACCCAUCGCUAUGGCUCAAGGACUUGGCAUCUUAUCUUCAUUUACAACUCCAAAAUGUUUCUCAAAAGGAUCUAGUUUUUGAGGAUAUGCCUUCAGACUAUCCUUUUUGCUUGUUGAAGGAUGACAUGAAAUCCUUCAUCAUAAAAAUACUGAAGAAUGUUCCAUCAACCACUCUUGAUUUGUUCUUCCAAUAUUGUAUGAAUGAAAUGGUGCAGGAAUUGAGCCGAGGCCAUUCAGCAUAUGGAAUGCAGCUUAUGAUUCAAUGUACAGUCAAAGUGUGUCCCAACAUUACUGUCACUAGACUUGAAGAGUAUGAAGAGAUGCUAAAUGGCAGGAAGAGUAGACCAAGAGAGGCGUUAGCCAUCAUGUGGGCUUUGGGACAGCUACCUGGAAAUGACCUGGCUCAAGGAUUAAAAGUGUGGACUACAAUCAUGAUGCCAAUGAUUUAUUCCAAGCAGCUUGCAAAGUUCUCAGUUAACUAUUUGGAGAAGCUAAUGCAGAAUGCAAGCACUGAACUUAAGGAAGGUCUGAUGACUUCUAAAGAUUUCUUCAAUGUCUUGGCACUGACCUUAGGCUCACGAUCUCCUCUGGUUAGCAAUCAUAACCUUAAAAGAAAAAUGCUAUCUCUCUACCCUAAGCUAAAGGCGAUCUCAUUCAGCAGUCAACCAAAGUCUAGUGGCCGAGUAUACUUCCCAUCUCUGCUGCGUUACCUCAAAUGCUCCAAUGAGAUAUCAAUGGAAUAUCUAACCGAGGUGCUUGACUGUUUAACGUUUUGUUUGGAGAAUGACCCCGAGUGUUUUAUCAUCUGGGUGGAGCUUUACCCAACAGCUCUAGUCGAGUCAAGUGUAUUGAUAUAUCAUGUAGUAGACACAUGGACAACAAGAUCCGCCAGGGUUCCCAAAGAAAAGUUUCGAAAAGCCAUCAAAACGUUCCAAGUGUUUCACAGUGAACAUGAAAAGGGAAAGCAACUGCCUGGUUUCGAAGACUGCGUUCAUGCUUGUGAGACUGCAGAGCAGAAAUUCAAGCAGAAGUCAUCGUGCUGUUCCAUCAAGGGUUUUUUAAAGUUAAUUCUAGUGAUUGUGCUUGGAGUGAUAGCAUUUGAUCUCUACAAGCACAAGGGUUACGAAGGAAGCAAAACGGCCUACUUUGCUAAACAGUACAAAAUCGAAGACGGAGCUUUACGAGUUUAUGGAAAUGUUAAAAAUGGCUUCAAUAAAGGAAACAGUUGGGUUCAGAAGAACUACCCAGCAUACUACAGUCAGUUUCGAGAGUAUAUGGACCCAGCAGCCGAGUAUGCCAAGGACAAGCUAGUAAUCGCUGGCAAUUACGUAGCAGAACAAACUAAACCAGCAAGGAAAUAUCUCAAUAAGAAAAUCCCCGAGAUAUUAGAAAAGUUUGAGGAAGAAGUGCCGAAAUAUUGGGCCAAAAUCCGCGGAUUCUUCAUCCAUUACUGGAACAUAUAUUGGCCUAUAGUCCACCAUUAUCUAGUCAUCUUACAAGAUCUAUUUCUCAAAUACGUUCCUCCAUUCGUCAAUAAAGUCUGCGAAAUGGCUUCAUCAUUAGGAAAUAGGAUUUACGACCUCGCACCAGAUUUCUUCUCGUCGGUAGCCGUCUCCUUAGACAACCUGUGGCAGUCAAUAGCCGAGAAAAUCCCCAAAGUAGUUGCAGUGGUUAAAGAAUACGCUGUCAUAGCUAUGAAUAUGAUGAUUAAUUUAGCCAAUCAUGCCAUAACAUGGAUUCAGAACUUAGCGAACAGUCCCGAGGCAGAGGAAGUCGUUACAAAGCAAGCCACGUCUAAAAGUGUCCCCAAGUAAGCAAUACCAAACAAGAUCCAAGAGAUUCGCAUCAAAAUGCUCACAUCUCAAGUCGUUUAUAUUAUUGACGCCACUUUUGAAACAAUAAAUAGAAAACUUUACAUCUGAUUGACAUGUUUACCAAUAAAUACUCAUCUCUGA